CAGACGGGCGCUCUCCAAACUUACACGCGUGUGCCCGUCACCUGGGGCUGUCUCUGAUGCAGGAGGUCUGGGGUGGAGCGUGGGACUCUGCCUUUCUCCUUCUUCUUCUUCUUCUUCUUUUUUUAAUGUUUACUUAUUUAUUUUGGGGAGUGGGACGGGCAGAGAGAGGGGAGGCAGAAUCCCAGGCAGGCUCCGCGCUGUCAGAGGAGAGCCGGACUCAGGGCUCAAACUCACGAACCACGAGAUCACGACCUGAGCUGAAAUCAAGAGUCGGACGCUGAACCGACUGAGCCGCCCCGGGCACCCUGGGACUCUGCAUUUGUAAUAAGCGUCGGGUGAUGCCCUUAGGGUUGGUCUGCGGACCACACAUUGAGAAGUAAGGAUUUAGAUGACUUUUGAGGUUUCUUUUAACUUUGAGAUUCGGGGCAAGACCGGGAGAAGAGAAUAAAGAGCCAGUGAGAGGGGCAGGGGCAGGAAGGAGCAGCGAGGAGGGAGGAGGAGAAGACUGCUGAGGAAAUAAAGGCAGGGUGCCAGGCUUACAGGGCCCUCCCACCCAUAUUCCCCCAGCGUCUCCCUCCACAGACCUUCCCCUCCGGUCUCACCGUGCACUGGGACCCCUUUCCUUGGAGCCAGAAUGCCACGUGCUGUUUCCCUGGGGUCCUACCUCCCUAAAUGGAGCCUCCAGCCCCGCAGGCGGGGGAAGUGUGGGUUUGAGAAUACACAGGACACCCUGGACAGGGGCCGGAGAAGGGAGGGCUGGGUGAGGGGCUGCCCGGCAUAGACCCGUGGCAGUGGGCUCUUAUCUCCCACCACCGUCCUCCUGGAGGCUUUGAGCAGGUCAGUCCCACCUGGGCCUGACUUUUUGAGCCAGGAAAGGAGGGCCCUGGACCCAGUGGUCUGGGUGCAGGCUUUCAGCUCCCACGACCUGCUGGAGGCAGUGGGAUGGGAGAGCUCACUUUCUCCAGCCCUACUCCUUAAAAGCCACAGGGGACCUGGGUGCAGAUGGCUUAAACUCCCCACCUUCCUCAUUAGCAUCACGGGGGAGGGGGCGCAAGUCCCCUACCAGGGGACAGCAGGUGGUGGAGGGGAGCCCUCUCUGCCCACCCCCCUCCAUCAGCAGAGGCCUCCCCUUCUGCUUCUCCCCGUUUUUGCUGGUUGCUCCCUGCCCGGGAGGUGGCAGAACAGCCUGCGGGUUAUUUUUUAAACCAUUAUUACCAACACGCCUUUUAAAACUUUUUGUUAGAUAGAAGAGUGUAAGAAACUUCCGUGUACCUGUCAUGCAGCCUCAACAAUCAAUAACUCAUAGGCGUUACUAAUCUAUUUUUUUUUUUAACGUUUAGUUUUUUAUUUAGAGAGAGAGAGAGCAAGGAGGAGUACAGAGAGCGGGAGAGAGAGAAUCCCAAGUAGGCUCCACGCUGUCAGCACAGGGCCCGACGCGGGGCUCAAACUCAUGAACUGCGAGAUUAUGACCUGAGCCAAAAUCAAGAGUUGGAUGCUUAACAGACUGAGCCAUCCAGGUGCCUCUGCUAAUCUAUUUUUUAAAUCCAAAAUGCACGAAUCCGGUGUAAAACUCUGUUGGAUGUAAGACCCUUUCCUCCUCUCGCCCUCUGGCCCGGGAGCAGAGGCAACCACAGAUUAAGAAUAUUCUCUGCAUCCGUGGGCCCAUGUAAAUGUGUGUGUCCUUUUUAUUUGUUAAAACGGGGCCUGUUUAUUUUAUAUAAAACUUACACAGCUUACUCGCUUCGUGUCAGUUGCCAUUCUAAGUAUAUUACAAAUAUGAACUCAUUUAAUCCUAACAGCCUUACCAGGUAGGUGCCCCCAAGCACAGAGAGGUUAAGGAACCACCCCAACAUCACACAGUGCUAAGUGAAGCAGCUGGGAGUCGAAUCUAGGCAGCCGAGGACCAGAAUCUGUUCUCUUAACCACCAUUUUCUGCGGCCUCUCAACUUAGGCUAUCUUGCCCUGGGUUUUGUUUUCACCACCGAUUCUGUAACCCAUUCAACAAACGUUUAUCGUGUGCUCACUUUGCACCAGGCACGGUUCCCCUUGCGGGGGAUACAGCACUAAACGGAAGGUCAACAUCUCUCUGCCCUCCUGGAGUUUACAUUCUGCCUGGGGAGACAGAGAGCAAAUAAUAUAAAUGGGCACCACGUCGAUUUGGUGGACAGAAUGACUGAGAACAUGAAGGAGUGCCUGGCGCAGACCAAGGCGGCCGUGGGGGAUAUGGUGACCGUGGUGAAGACAGAGGUCUGCUCCCCACUCCGCGACCAGGAGUAUGGCCAGCCCUGCUCUAGGAGACCAGACCCCUCGUCCAUGGAAGUGGAGCCCAAGAAACUGAAGGGGAAGCGUGAGCUCAUCAUGCCCAAAAGCUUCCAGCAAGUGGACUUCUGGUUCUGCGAGUCCUGCCAGGAGUACUUUGUGGAUGAGUGUCCGAACCACGGUCCCCCAGUGUUUGUGUCCGACACGCCGGUGCCCGUGGGCAUCCCAGACAGGGCUGCCCUCACCAUCCCACAGGGCAUGGAGGUGGUCAAGGAAGCCAGUGGGGAGAAUGACGUGCGAUGCAUAAAUGAGGUCAUCCCCAAGGGUCACAUCUUCGGCCCCUAUGAGGGGCAGAUCUCCACCCAGGACAAAUCGGCUGGCUUCUUCUCGUGGCUGAUUGUGGACAAGAAUAACCGCUACAAGUCCAUAGAUGGGUCAGACGAGACUAAAGCCAACUGGAUGAGGUACGUGGUCAUCUCCCGGGAAGAGAGGGAGCAGAACCUGUUGGCGUUCCAGCACAGCGAGCACAUCUACUUCCGAGCCUGCCGGGACAUCCGGCCCGGGGAGCGGCUCCGGGUCUGGUACAGCAAGGAAUACAUGAAGCAUCUGCACAGCAUGUCCCAGGAGACCAUCCACCGCAAUCUGGCCAGAGGAGAGAAGAGGUUGCAGAGGGAGAAGUCUGAACAGGCUCUGGAUAACCCAGAAGACCUGAGGGGUCCCCUCCCGCUCCCCGUGUUGAGACAGGGCAAAAGUCCCUACAAGCGUGGCUUUGACGAGGGGGAUGUGCACCCCCAGGCCAAGAAGAAGAAGAUUGACCUCAUUUUCAAGGACGUGCUGGAGGCUUCCCUGGAAUCGGCGAAGGCGGAAGCGCACCAGCUGGCACUGAGCACCUCGCUGGUCAUCAGGAAAGUCCCCAAGUACCAGGACGAGGCCUACAGUCGGUGCGCCAUGACCGUGUCACAUGGCGUGCAGAAUGUCGGCCGGACCCAGGGGGAAGGGGCCUGGAAGAUCCCCCAGGGGGUUUCCAAGGAACCGGGCCCGUUGGAGGAUGAAGAAGAAGAACCUUCGUCCUUCAAGGCCGACAGCCCCGCCGAGGCCUCCCUUGCGUCCGACCCUCACGAGCUCCCCACCACCUCCUUUUGCCCUAACUGUAUUCGCCUAAAGAAGAAAGUCCGGGAGCUCCAGGCCGAACUAGAUAUGCUUAAGUCUGGGAAGCUUCCUGAACCCCCCGUGCUGCCCGCACAGGCCCUGGAGCUCCCGGAGCUCUCGGACCCCGCAGCCUCUGAGAGCAUGGUGUCCGGCCCCGCCAUCCUGGAGGACGACGACCAGGAGGUCGACUCGGCCGACGAAUCCGUCUCCAACGACAUGAUGACCGCCGCCGACGAGCCCUCCAAGAUGUCGUCCGCCACCGGGCGCCGGAUCCGGCGCUUUAAGCAGGAGUGGCUGAAGAAGUUCUGGUUCCUGCGGUACUCCCCCACCCUCAACGAGAUGUGGUGCCACGUCUGCCGCCAGUACACGGUGCAGUCGUCCCGCACGUCGGCCUUCAUCAUCGGCUCCAAGCAGUUCAAGAUCCACACCAUCAAGCUGCACAGCCAGAGCAACCUGCACAAGAAGUGCCUGCAGCUGUACAAGCUGCGCAUGCACCCCGAGAAGACGGAGGAAAUGUGCCGCAACAUGACCCUGCUCUUCAACACCGCCUACCACCUGGCCCUCGAGGGCAGGCCCUACCUGGACUUCCGGCCCCUGGCCGAGCUCCUGCGGAAGUGCGAGCUCAAGGUGGUGGACCAGUACAUGAACGAGGGCGACUGCCAGAUCCUCAUUCACCACAUCGCCCGCGCGCUGCGCGAGGAUCUGGUGGAGCGCAUCCGCCAGUCGCCCUGCCUCAGCAUCAUCCUGGACGGGCAGAGCGACGACCUGCUGGCCGACACGGUGGCCGUCUACGUCCAGUACACCAGCAGCGACGGGCCCCCGGCCACGGAGUUCCUGUCCCUGCAGGAGCUGGGCUUCUCCGGCACGGAGAGCUACCUGCAGGCCCUCGACCGGGCCUUUUCUGCCCUGGGCAUCCGGCUGCAGGACGAGAAGCCCACCGUCGGCCUGGGCAUGGACGGGGCCAACGUCACGGCCAGCCUGCGCGCCAGCAUGUUCAUGACCAUCCGCAAGACGCUGCCCUGGCUGCUGUGCCUGCCCUUCAUGGUGCACCGGCCCCACCUGGAGAUCCUGGACGCCAUCAGCGGGAAGGAGCUCCCCUGCCUGGAGGAGCUCGAGAACAACCUGAAGCAGCUGCUCAGCUUCUACCGCUACUCGCCGCGCCUCAUGUGCGAGCUGCGGUCCACGGCGGCCACCCUGUGCGAGGAGACGGAGUUCCUGGGGGACAUCCGCGCCGUGAGGUGGAUCAUCGGGGAGCAGAACGUCCUCAACGCCCUCAUCAAAGACUACCUGGAGGUGGUGGCCCACCUCAAGGACGUCAGCAGCCAGACCCAGCGGGCGGACGCGUCCGCCAUCGCGCUGGCCCUGCUGCAGUUCCUCAUGGACUACCAGUCGGUCAAGCUCAUCUACUUCCUCCUGGACGUGAUCGCCGUGCUCUCACGCCUGGCCUACGUCUUCCAGGGCGAGUACCUGCUGGUGUCCCAGGUGGACGACAAGAUCGAGGAGGCCAUCCAGGAGAUCAGCCGGCUGGCCGACUCCCCGGGGGAGUACCUGCAGGAGUUCGAAGAGAACUUCCGGGAGAGCUUCAACGGGAUCGCGAUGAAGAACCUCAGGGUGGCCGAGGCCAAGUUCCAGUCCGUCCGGGAGAAGAUCUGUCAGAAGACCCAGGUGAUCCUGGCCCAGAGGUUUGAUUCCCGCAGCCGGAUCUUCGUGAAAGCCUGCCAGGUGUUCGACCUGGCCGCCUGGCCCAGGAACAGCGAGGAGCUCGUGAGCUACGGCAAGGAGGAUAUGGUGCAGAUAUUCGAGCACCUGGAGGCCAUCCCCACCUUUUCCCGGGACGUCUGCAGGGAGGGGCUGGACCCCCGGGGCAGCCUGUUGAUGGAGUGGGGGGAGCUCAAGGCCGACUACUACACCAAAAACGGCUUCAAAGACCUGAUCGGCCACAUCUGCAAGUACAAACAGAGGUUCCCGCUCCUGAACAAGGUCAUCCAGGUCCUCAAGGUCCUCCCCACUUCCACCGCCUGCUGCGAGAAAGGCCGCAACGCCCUGCAGCGAGUUCGCAAAAACCACCGCUCCCGCCUGACCCUGGAGCAGCUCAGCGACCUGUUGACGAUCGCCGUGAACGGCCCGCCCAUCGCCAGCUUCGAUGCCAAGCGAGCCCUGGACAGCUGGUUUGAGGAGAAGUCUGGCAACAGUUACGCGCUGUCGGCCGAGGUCCUCAGCAGGAUGUCCGCGCUGGAACAGAAGCCGGUGCUGCAGACCGUGGACCACGGGUCAGAGUUUUACCCGGACAUCUAGGGGGCCGGUGUCACAGAGUUCACUAAGCUGUUGAAUAUUUUUUUAAUCUAUACUCAUAAGCUUUGAUAUAUUAUAUAAAUAUAUAUUAUAUUAUAUAUAUAUAUACAUACAUAUAUAUAUAUAUAUAUAUAUAUAUAUAUAUAUAUAAAAACCCACACUGAAAAUUUUUAAGAACCGAGGUGACGCAUCCACCAGAAGCCACUGGGAGCUUUCACAAAGGAACGAUGUUGGAAACCGACUCUUGUCUACAAGAUCCCGCAGCCGUUUUCACUCACGGAAGCAUGUGCUGGGGCCACACGCGUUCCCGCCUAACAGCCAACCAACAGCCUAAGCUAAAACGACGGGUCUCUGUCAUCACCUUUAGGUGGUUUGUUUCGUUUUAUGUUUUCGUUUGGGGGGGGUUGAGGGGUUGGGGUUUGGGUUUCUGUCUUGCCUUUUCUUUUCCCGUUUGGUUUACGACGGGGGUUCUUGGCCUCUUCGCUGCCAUGCUGGUGUAGCUGAGACCCAUCUCUGAUUUUGGAGGGGGGCAGGUGGUGUAUCCGGAUUGGGGUGUGUGUGUGUGUGUGACUUUCUCCCUUGUCCCACCUGAUUUCAGCUUGAGAGGUUUGUACUCGUUUCCUGUUGAGCGUUCCUUCACUGUCUUAGAAACAAACGUGUCGGUCAAACUGUGACACCCACCACUCCCCACCUCUGUUGCCUCUCCCGUCUCUGGGUUCUGGAUUCCCUCCUUCCAUCCAGCCCCCUGGAUCCUGAAGAUAUUACCUGUUGUACUGAAGGCAAAACUGCCUUACAACCGAGCUUGAAAUUGUGGGGAAGGGACAAGGUGUGUGUUGGGGGGCGGGGGGGGGGUGGGAAUUUUUUUUUGCAUUCCUGUUCUCCCGUGGUGUGGGGUAAAAUAAUAUAAUUCCAUUCAGAUCCAGGACUUUGGGGGAAAUGAAGAGCCAGGAAGUCCAGACCCUCAUAGGGCAGCGAUUUUUGGCUAAAAGCAAGUCCGAUGGAGAGUGUGGAUUCAAUUUACAUGAAUUAUUUAUGCUCUGUCUUUAUAAUCAUAUGAUGUGUUGGGGGUAUUUUUUUGUGCAUUUAAUAAUCAAAUGCCUGCUAUAGUUCAGUGGCAGGAGAUGUCAAUGCAAGUUGUGCCCUGGGUUGUGCGUGACUCCAAGGAGGGUCUCUAGAGAUGGAGGCCUUCUUUGGUGACAAGGCUGAUAAUAAACCCUUCAGCCUGGCAGGAGGCAGUGGGGAGCCAGGCCUUGCAUCCGUGCCUGUGAAUGCCUCCUUUUUUGAACAGGGUAGAGAUGUCCUAAAGAAAAGGAAUAAACAAGAGGUCAGACGGGACUCUCAAGGCAGCAGCCUACACACACACACACACACACACACACACAGACACACACACACGCACGUACACACACGCACACACAACCACAAUAUAAGCUUUAGAAAUAGCCACUUGCCUAUUCCCUGGGGCAAGUAAUGGUUUUAAGCUAGAGGAGUCUGAUCGAUGCUCUUUUGUUCAUUCAACUACCAGUAUACCUCGCAAGGGAGUUUUUUUAAACAAAAAGUGCGUGAGCUGUUACAAACUUCUGUUCAUGUUUCCACAUCUGAUUUAUGCAUAUCUGAUAUGCAGAGAUCCUACAUUGUGGGUGCAGGUCGUGUUUGGGGGAGGAAGGAAGAUCUGCGCUGUCCGUGGUCAGGUCCUCUCACUCGGCAGAGGGUGGGCAGAGGACGGCGUGAUCGGGCCACAGGCCAGGCCCCCGUGUCUCCAACCUGCUCGGCUCAGACGUAGAACUGUGGUGGCUUCCUUCCUUCUUGGUUUAGCUUGCCUCCGAGGCCUCGUGCCACUGUUGGGAACCGUAGUGGAAAUGUCAUCAACACUGAACAUGUCAUUCCCCUUUCCUUGUCCUGCCCGUACCUUCACUCCCCACACGUCCCCUCCCCCCACCCCUAUGGUCUUGGUGCUAAGAUAACUUUAGAAUCAUUGCUGCUAGCUGAUAGCUUUUCAUUAUAUAAAUAUAUUAUAUAUAUAUAUAUAUUAUAUAUUAUUUUUGAAACUUUUUCGUUUGUUUUCAACAGUGAUGUAGCAUGUUAAAAAAAAAAAAAACAAGAAACAAACAAACAAAAAAAACCCACCCGGUUUUCUCCAACUGUCCCACUGCCAGGCCUCAUAUGCUGCCUUGUUCAACAAAUCAAUGCACCCCUGCCUGGUGACAUUCACCACCCACCCCCCCUCCUGGCCCCCUUCCCAGUCCCUCGUACUUCCCCACCCUCCUCUGAACAAGGAGAGAGCAGAAACUAGCAAGGAAACACCCAAAGCUCUUUCUGAGGCUUCGGAAUUCCCAGCCUCAAACCAUGUCCGUACGUACUUCAAGCUGAUGUGUUCCCUACCCCCCCGCCCCCCGCCCGCCCUCCGCCGCUCCUCCCAUCCGGGUCAGUAUUUGUGGUCAAGUGGGAUGCCCUUGCAAAGCACAAGGUUCCACCCUACCCUCCCGGACAUUCUGUCCGCCACACACAAAAACUAUCAUGCCUGUGGGAGCUUUCUUGGAACAUCACACGGACUAAGUGAGGUGGGUUGGGGGCAGAGAAGGCUGGCAAGGGGAACCUUGGUGGGGGCCGGCAAAAGUAGGUUGGGAUCCUUUCUUCGAGCCACCAGUUGCCUUAGACCUUCUCCUUUCCCCUUCUGCUCCUCUCCUCCCACUACACUGGGAGCCAUCCCCUGGACCACUCAUUUGAAAACCGGGAAGAGAGAAUCACUGAUGUCUGCCUGAGGACUGGUCAGGGCCGUGACCGUUUCAAGAGGCCAUGGCCCGAAUUAGCUCCGAUUUUUAUCCAGACGGGGAAAAAGAUCCUUCGGGCCUACGCCAGCAUCUGCCGUGAGCUGGUGACAUACCUCUGGGCUAGGAGCAUGAGCGCGAGCUAGCAGCACGGGGACUGCGGGUGGUCUCCUGCCGGGCCAGGCUCCACGCCCGGGGCAGGUUGAGCUCUCUCGGGGGCAGGGGGUGCUCGAAGUUUGGCAAGGCGCUCUAAAACUCCGGGUGCUCAUGGCUUCUGUUGAAUCCAGCCAGGCCUGGGUGGUGUGAGGCACUCUGAAGGCCGCUUUACCUUGGGACCGGAAGUAACCAGGGCACAAUUUGGGUGACACGCCCACUGCAAUUUACACAGGGUCUUUUUUUCAACCCGGAUGCUCCCAGGAGGCUCAGUGCUCCCAGCCUGUGAAUGUCGCGCGUGAUUUCUAACAUGGGAGUUGCCACUCUCCCGCCUCCUCGUGAAAGACUUUCGGGAGAACGGGCCCCCACAGGGUCUCGCCCAGGGAACCACAGGCUUAGCUAGCCUGAUCUCCCUUUGAUGGGUAUAAAAAGCUGUGGCCGGGCAGUCCUUGUAUCCCAAAUAUGGUCACUUCAGAUGAGACAGAGCCCUUGAGCUCAGCCACUGGCUUAGAAUGACAUGUUUGUCUCCGGGGUUGAGACGUGUCCUAAUUGGGCUGACCGAUGAGUGAUUUUCUUUGGCUCAUAGAGGAGGGUGGGAAGUGAGUUCAGGUUCAUGGCCGUGUGUGCCCAGGAGAUACACUGCACAGCCUGGGUGCCACAAGCCCUUGUGAUUAACAUGGUUCGCUUCCUCUAUUGGAGGACAAAGACACCCCCUGCCAUCCAGUAUCUGUGGAAGCUGAGGGUAGCCCAGCCCCGUCUACAGCUCUCGCCACAUCAGAAUCCCCACGUUUUGCCCACCCGGUCGGACAGGAGAGUCCAGGCAUCCAAAACACCAGGUUUUUAUUUUUCUUUUUACUUUGUCCACGACCGCCUACGACAUUCUUGUCUCCUCAUCCUCGCUGGAGAAUGAGAGCGGGCUUGGGCUGCCGGGCGUCUGCUUGGGCGGCCGCGGUGCUGGGCCCUGAACCCAGGGCAGGUGGGGGUCUCGCCCCAGCCCCGCUACCUGUUUCCAUGUUGAGUUGUCUUGCUCAGCCCCCUGUCCUUGACUUGCUUAUUAUGUCAACCCUCUCAUUUGGAGGAAGGACCUUGUAAUUAUUUAAGGUAACGUUUAAAUAGCUGCCAUUUGUUUGGACGUGAUACCGAGAAGGAGGAAACAGGGAAGGACGCGUAGAAUGCCGAACGUGGUCGCGGCGAGACAGAAAUGGCUUAUGGGAUUGGCCCACCUGGGCUGUGGGGCCGCUGUUCUCCUGAGCCCCGUGGCGUCCAGGAGGCGGCCUGGGCUUGAAGUAGAACUUCUUUUCUAGAUUCCUCCCCGUGUGUUUUCCCUCCCAUCCCCUCUAGGGAUAGGAAUUCUGGAUCUGGAUCUGGAUCUGAUGGUGGCAUAUGGUCUGGGUUGAUUUCCAACUAGAAUUUGUGUUUUUCUAGGUCCUACGCCCAGUUUGUGCAGAGGGUUCCGGGGACACUGGACCUCACGCCCCCCUCACCCCUUCAAGUGGCCACCCUAGCCAGGUCAGCCUGGGACAGCCAAAGCAGGGAGGCCAGGCCUCCUUAGGUGAGAAAGCCGUGUUUGGACAGCAGGGGACCCUGGGACGGUCCCAUUGCAGACACCAGCCUCCUGGGAGUGGUCAUGGGUUCUGUGCUGGGUCGUGGGUUCUGGCCUUGUUUCCUCCUCAUAUCUUGAGGAAGGAAGAUUUCCUCCAGAGACACGUGGGGCCCUUCUGCUUGGAGGGAGACCUCUCUCCUGGUCUCUGCUCACAGGGUCCUUUCGCUGAGUGGAUGGAGCUGUGAUAUUUUAAGAAGCCUUUGAGGUGAUCUUUGUGUGUUAGCCAGAGGGAGAAAAAAAAGUGCCCUUUUGGGAGGAAAAUGGUACAGCCCUCCUCUUCCAUCUGGCUUUCCCCCCUCCGCCCUGUCCCCACCCCCCCAUCCCUUCAAGUGGUGUUGCCCUGGAAAUACCUAUGCAAUCCAGUCUCCCUAGGAGAGCGCAUGGAAGCAGGGGGUAUGUGCAGUGUAUCAUACAAAUGCUACAGCAUAUAUAUUGUAUAUAUGGACAUAUGCCGUACGUAUACACACAGAGUAAGAGAUUAAAUCACGUCUAUAUAUCUAUAAAUAAUAUCCUAUAUAUUUAUACAUUUCUAUGUUUUAAAUAGAUAUAAAAAUAGAGUCUAUAGAGAGCUGGGAGAGCAACGGGAAAGCCUGUCGCUAUGUUGUGCAAAGAGGGAGGAGGCAGGGCCUCUGCAGGGGGAGAUGUGGAAGCCAGGAGGGCACUGUCUGCCGGGAGUGGGGUCUCCUGCCCACAGUGCAGGACAGGAGAGUCCCCGGGCCUCUGCCCUCUCCGCGCACUUUCUCUCCUUUACCGCAGGCUUGGGCUGAGGUGGAAGGAGAUACUCGCCCUCUGAGCUCCAGCCGAAGUGCCCCCCUCGUCCCCCCUCACCCCCUGCAGUCCGACGCUUAGGUGGUCACUGCUGCUUGGCCCUGGGACGUGGUCUCUGGGCCCUGGUGGAGGGACCACUGCACAGUUUCCCCUAAUGCCCUCCCCCUACAGGAAUGAGCAGCGCUGGUGGCAACCGGAAAGGUGCACAUUGGACCCAGAGGGGCCCGGGGAGGAUGCCCUCCUUCCCCCCUUAGGUGCUUCUGCUGACCCCUAGAGGCCAAGCCUCUGAAGUGCGGCUGCCCCCCGCCUCCUUCACCCCCUCCACCGCUGUCUGCCAGGGCGCUGCAGGGGUGAAGCAGGCGGCGCGAACAUCACCAGCCAGUGCUGCCCGCUACGUGGAGGCUUUCCUGCCAGGGCGGGGGGGCGCCGGAGAAGGGCGGGAGCGGCAGACCCCCCGCACCCAGGGCUUCAGUGAAAACUCAAGUUCACAAGCAGGGCUUCGGCUCAGCCCGGUUUGCACAGCUGCUGUUGCUGGCUGUACUCAGGACAACGCUCUCCCCUCCCCCGCGUGGAGGCCCGUGACCCCUCCGCCCACCGCCACCCUAACAGGCAGGUUUAGUUCACGUACACUGUUCCGAUUCUGUGACUCGAGGCAGCGGCUGAGCCGGAUGCCCCGAGCUUAUCCGCUUCCACUGGGGAGGACGCCUUCCCUGGCUUUUAUCCCUGCUCCCGCCCCAGGCUGGGAAGGUGUGUCUGGGGCAUCUGGGGAGGCCGCUGGUGCAGCCGGCAGUGCCACCGAGGGCUUGCGUGGCCCCGACCAAAUCAGGAGCCCGUUAGCUUCCGGGUUUCUCUCCACCGUUUCGUUUCCCUGGAGGUAGGAGAGGAGGGGCCGACAGGGCUGCAGGUGAUAGGAGACAGCCAGCGGCUGCCCCCUCUCCUCCAGACCAGCCUAGGCCUUUCGGUCUCCAAAGGCACUUACCUCUGUCCCCGAGCCUCCUCCGACCCCACGUCCUCCUCUUCCCUGCCAUCUACCAACGUACCUCAGUCUCCAGCAGACCCAACCUCUACACCUAUGGUCUGGGGCAGGUCUGUUUCGCCAAUGCCCACCUCUUCGCCCCUCCACGUCUGCCUGGGUCUCCUUGAGCCACAGCUGGCUGCCCACUGGGUCUCGGAAUCCCUUCCAGUGCCUCCAGAAAGGCCAGGGCGGCCCGAGCCUUCCUGCCACGGUGGUGGGUCAGACCCGUGGCCAGGGGUGGGCAUCCCCGGGUAGCAAUCCACGAUGCACUGUACCUCAGAGAGAGAGCAUACCAUGGGCCUCACGGGCACCGUGCCUCCGUCCAGGCGAGGACAGCCGGUUACAGUAAAAUACUGCUUGCAAGGAGACAAGGGCCAGGCUGCCCUCGGGCGCCCCUGCGUCUUCACUUUGGUCUCUCGGGAAGAGCCAGCAGGUCUGAUUUGCUCUUUUUCAGCCCUGUCUCUCUCCUUCUCUCCACCCCCACGCUGCUGAACCGAUUCAUUUCAAUCACAAAGGUAAACUAAGGUGGGGGGGGGAAUACUUAGGAGUCUAUUAUCACACACAUAUUAAUAUGUUAAUACUUUCUUUCUUAAAAAAAAAAAAAAAACCUCUUGACGUUAUUAUUUUGCAGACUACGCUUUAUAGUACCUGUGUGACGGGACCUAGAACACUGGAUACAAAUAGAGCUAUGUUGGUUUAUCAUAAUAUGUACGCAGAAACUUUCCUUUUGUCAUAUUAUCCUUGUAAUGUAAGAAGAUUGUUAAUAAAAGCAUUUAAAUUUA